AAUAAUAAUUUCUUAUUUUUUAUUUCCUUCAACAAAAAACUUACUAACGGCCAAUGCUCAUAUGGGUAGGUCAAAAGCUUAUUUUUUAUUUUGCAUAACCGUUCCGCUGGAAGCGGUUUCAUUUGAUUUUUAAUGACCUCACCUCGUCGCAUCGCUACUUGUCGGAGCAGACGAGUCAAGCACACCCCGUUAACCGGUGCUUCAGCUCACAAAUUUCACUUAGUUAUUUGCGUUAAUAUUUGAGCGCCGAGGCUUUGCUUGUUACAUGAAAAACAAAAAAAUUAAAUAAAAAUUUAGCUUGCAAUAAAAAUGCUAAUUAUCAAACGGUGAGGAAACUAAAAAGUAUAACAUAACGGCACGCGCGGCUCCGAGCAAGGUGCAACAGAGGUUACACUCUCGCAUCUGCAGUGAUCCAGUUAUUUGCAAGUCCGUGCAUACAUUUAAAUAUAAAUUCAAUCGAAUGACUGUCCGUCCAUUUAAAACACGCCAAACACUCCAAAAGAACGGAACUUAAGAACUGCAACGGAAUGCAGCUUUUUAGAAACCACUUGCACGCUUUUUGCGCUUUUAUGGCAGCUCAUAUUAUCCUGUCGAACGCCCAGCUAAUUUUCUAUCCGGCACUCAAAGUUAAUCAGAUUUCUGUGCGAGCCAACGGGCGAUUGAAUGCGGUGAGCACGGUGGCAUUGGCCGCACCGUUGCUGGCGACACGUGAUGCGCAAGGAAGGCGCAUAGUACAACGUCAGACGGUGGGUAGACAGCAGGUGGGGGUGCAACAGUCCCAACCCGUGGGCGGGCAACCGUUGCAACCAAUUAAGGGACCAGAACUACAACAAGUCGAAGUGCCACAAUUCCAGCAGUUCGGAGGACAAAAAGUACCAAGAGGGCGAGCAAAUGGAGCACCACCUCCAAAUUUCCGAGGACAACAGUGGCAACGAGUUGAAGGAAUUGGAUCACAGCCUUCAAUUUUCCAAGGACAACGACAACAACAGCAGCGAGUAAGCCUACAACAAUAUCAACAGUUUCAAGCACAACAGCAGCAAUUCAGUGGACAGGAGGUACACCAAGUAAGAAUGCAACAUUAUGACUGGCCGGUGCAAAGCAGCCCACAAAUAAAUUUUAAUACCGCAAAUUGGCAUCAAUAUGGCUGGCAGCCGACCAACUGGCAUCACGUGGGAAAAUAACUCUAAAAAAAAUUAUCAUCAAGUGAAUAUGCCAACGUGUUUGUGGUAUGCAUAUAUUUUUAUACCCUGAACAGGGUAUAUUAAUUUUGCCACGAAGUUUGUAACAUCCAAAAGAAAAC